UUGGUUGGCGCGCGCAUGGGGAUGGUGCCCAACGGGCUCCUGCCCAAUGCGUCCGCCCGGGUGAUACGGCGACUCGAUCCCGAGCGCUGGGCGGUUGCGGAGGGCCGCACGGCGGAGCUGAUUGCGCGCAUCCAGCCCAACGCACACUCCGAGGGCCGGAGGCUGGCCGUCUACCACUACGUGCAGCGGCUUAUCAUGAACUGCCUCUCUUGUCAGGUUUUUACCUUUGGUUCAGUACCUCUCAAGACUUACUUACCUGAUGGUGACAUUGAUGUCACUGCUUUUAGUAAUAGUGAAGAAUUAAAGGAGAUUUGGGCAAACCUUGUCCGGGAUGCAUUGGAGCGUGAAGAGAAGAGUGAAAAUGAUGAAUUUCAUGUAAAAGAAGUCCAGUAUAUUCAGGCAGAGGUCAAGAUUAUUAAGUGUCUUGUGGAAAACAUCGUUGUCGACAUCUCAUUCAAUCAAGUCGGUGGACUAUGUACACUUUGUUUUCUUGAAGAUGUGUGUUCUUAUUUUCAAAUAUAG